AUGUCGGGAGCACAAACUCGAGCUCAAAACGCCGCUAACGGUCCGAACGAUCAAUCUCGCACCAUACAAGACCUCACCGCCCUCGUCCGAGAACAAAAUGAACAAAUCCAACGCCUUGUUAACCUCCAAAACCAGAACCCUCCACCCCCACCAACUCAAAAUACCGCACCCCAAGCCAUUUACGAAAGGUUUCUAAGAAUGCACCCCGCCGAAUCCCAUGGAGGCCCCGAUCCAACCAUAGCCGAAGAAUGGAUCAAAUCCCUAGAAGUCAUUUUCGACUACAUGGAAAUGUCCGACCGAGAUCGAAUCCAUUGUUCUCUUUUUCUAUUGAAGAACGAAGCCCGUCAUUGGUGGGAAGGUACCAAAGAAGGAAUCGACCUAACGAACACUACCUGGAGCGCUUUCAAAAUCUUGUUCUUCGAAAAGUACUUUUCCAAAAACCUCCGAGCUCAGAAGCUAAAGGAAUUUCUCGAGCUAAAGCAAGGCAACUUGUCCGUAGCCGAGUACGUAAGGCGAUUCGAACAAGGAUGUCUCUACGCCCCAUUCAUAUCCCGAGACGCCGACGAAAAGGCCAACCAUUUCCUUAGAGGCCUCAACCCGGUGAUUCAACGAGAUGUCCGCAUGUCUUCCGUAACGACGUUUCGGAAAAUAGUCGACAAAGCACUCGAAGCAGACCAAGCCGAGCAAGAGAUCCGUCAAUCUCGAUCCGUUCCACCCGCCAAUACUCACAAAUGGAAGAGGCCCCACCCCGGACCGGGCCAAAACAAGGGAAAACGUCCAAUUAUUCAAAACCAUGCUACACCACCAGCCCGACCGAUUUGCCCAAAAUGUCGGAAACCUCACUUUGGACCCUGCGUUCAAGGAACCAACAGUUGUUAUCGCUGCGGAAAACCAGGGCACUUGAUAAGGGAUUGCCCACAACCCCCACCGCAAAACCGAGCUCCCGGUCGAGUGUUCGCAAUGACCAAAGAUGAAGCCGAAGCCGACCCUUCGAUGAUAGCAGGUACAAUUUACGUUUGUAACAAUCUCGUUUAUGCUCUAGUUGAUUCCGGAUCGACUCACUCAUUCAUCUCGAGUACCCUCGCCGCCAAAUUCCCAAUAACUCCCACCACAUCUAGUGAAUUAUUCACAAUUCGCUUACCGUCCGACAAUGACUUAGAAUCCGACCUCUUUUUCAAAGAUUGCCCAAUCCAAAUCCAAAAGAAGCCACUCAAUUCCGACCUCAUAAUUCUCCCUAUAGACCAUUUCGAAUGGAAUUCCAAGGAUCUUACUCACCUUCACUCCAAAUCCUCUCCGCCGUCAAAACACUUAAGCUCGCCCGAAAGGGGCAUUGUUGUCAUUUGGUCGACAUAG